AUGGAGAAUGCUACUGUUGACCCCGGAGGUUGGCAAGGACAGCAAAAAGCUGGUGCAGCCACUACACCGUGUACAGAGGUCAAGAGGACAGCACUACUGGCGAGACCACAGGCAGGACUGCUGGGGUUCCGACUUGUUCACAAGUCCCCACUGUCCCCAGGCGUCCAGCACCGUGGGGGCCAACCAGAGGCAGCAGACACGCACCCCACAGUCCUCCAGGUGAAGAAGCCUGAGCUAACAACCUCUAUGUCAGUUGAGACCGGCCAACAGCCAGUACACAUGAGGAAGACCAAGUGGAACUGGCAGAUGAUUACAGCCACGUGUAUGACUCUGGAAGCAAGAGCAGGAAUGUCAAGCUAA